AUGCCAGACCGUGACAACACCUAUAACGGUAGCGGCAGCGAUGAGGCAAGCGCCAACUCUGACGACAUCUGCCGAGACUUUUUGCGUAAUGUCUGCAAGCGGGGCAAGCGCUGCCGUUUCCGCCACCCCGACAUCAACGAGGUGACCAACCUGGGAGUCAGCAAGAACGAGUUCAUCUUCUGCCAUGACUUCCAGAACAAAGAGUGCGCCCGCAACAACUGCCGCUUCAUUCACGGCACCAAGGAGGAUGAGGACUGCUACAAGAAGACAGGAGAGCUCCCCCCACGCCUCCGCCAGAAAGUGGCAGCGGGGCUGGGCCUUUCCCCAGCUGAUCUUCCAAACAGCAAGGAGGAAGUACCCAUUUGCAGGGAUUUUCUGAAGGGGGAUUGCCAGCGUGGAGCCAAGUGCAAAUUCCAGCACCUGCAGCGGGAUUUUGAGUAUGAUGCCCGGGGGCUGACUACUCGGGAGCAGGGCAUUACCACACCCGUGCGGCGAUAUGAACCCUAUGAUCCCAUGUAUGAUUCCGACCGAUGCUAUGAUGACCAUGAUCCUGUGCUCAAGAGGCGGAGGGUAGACGGGCUCCACUUUGAGACUUACGAGUACAACUUCACCAGUCCACGCACGGUGGAAUACCGGCUCCUGGAAGAAGAGAACAUCAUGCUUCGCAAACGCUUAGAAGACCUCAAGAAGCAGGUCAACAACCUCCUGGCCACCAAUGAGGUCCUCUUGGAGCAGAACGCCCAGUUCCGCAACCAGGCCAAGGUGAUGACACUCAGUUCCACAGCCACGGCCACAGAGCAGACUCUGGCGCCCACCGUGGGCACCGUCACCAACUACAACCACAGCAUUGCGCAGACUCACACCACCCUGAGCAGCCAAGCUCUACAGCCACGGCCUGUUUCGCAACAGGAUUUGGUCGCUCCGGCCGGUGCGCAGGCAGCACCGCCCAGCAACGCGGCACCUCCUAUGAACCCUGAAAUCACCCCACUCUCAGCAGCUCUGGCUCAGACCAUUGCCCAGGGGAUGGCUCCCCCGGUCUCCAUGGCACCUGUGGCUGUGUCGGUGGCACCCGUGGCUGUGUCAAUGGCUCAGCCGCUGGGGGGCAUAACCAUGAGCCAUGCCACCACACCCAUGGUGACAUAUCCCAUAGCCUCACAGAGCAUGAGGAUAACAGCCAUGCCUCACUAGUCCCCUUCCCGAGGGAAGUGACU